AUUUAAUAUGGCGCAGGCCAUAUGAUAUAUGAUAACAUCGUCGUAACGAUUGUUCUCAAGCUAUUUUCUUUAGAUUCUACGAUCUCUAUAAUUACUUGUUCCUGAAUAAGAGACUGUCAAGUGCUAUCUCGUGCUCAUUUCUCAGUGUGGUAUAAUUGAGUUGUAAAAUAUUUGCAAAUAUGUUCCCCUUACACAUAUUAUCGAAAUGUAAUAUAAGAUCCUCAAGCGGAAUAUUAUUUCAAUGGAUAAAUAUUUCCACAAGAUUGUGCUCUUCAUCUUCAUCAUCAUCAGAUUCAUCAGAUUCUGAUUCUGAUUCUGAAAAAACAAAACCAAAGGCAACGCAUGUUAAAAGUGCAAGUUCUGCAAGUGCAACAUCAGAUAACAAAUAUGAUUUGGAAAACUUUUUGAAUAACAUGAUACAAACGAGAAAGACGCAGAAAACUAUUGAUGUUGCCAUGCAACCUAAAAAGAAGAAGGAUAAAUCAAAUAAAAAACAUGAAUCUUUUGAAAAGAAAAUUGUAAGUGCGGCAGAAGGUGUGGCUAACGUGCUUGGUGGAGAUAAAACCAAAACAACGUCAGAUUUGCUUGAAAAAGUUCUUGCAUCUAGAGUAACAGCAUUAAAAGAAGAACAGGGAAGCACUAAAAUGCAGAAAAAUGUUAAACAAUUGGCAAAUUACGAUGUAAAAAAAAGUUCCCAAGACGAACAUUUAGAAAAAAAGUCUAUAAUACAAACCCUGCUGGACGAAUAUAAUAACCAACCAAUAAAGAAAGUAAUUGAAAAUAGUGUAUCAAGAAAGUUAUUACAAAGUGUUAAAGCAUCUAAAGAGAAGUUACAGGAUACUGAUAAAACAACACCUCAUACCAGAUUCAAAGAUAUCGAUUUAUGGAAUGGAAAGCCUAGUGACAUUUUUGAAAGUAUGAAUGCCGCUUCACCAAAUAUACCGGAACUGAAAACAUGGGCGGCAUUAGAACAAAGAGAAUUAAAAACAUUAACAACUUAUCCACCUGCCAAUGUUUUUCAAGAAUUAAUUCUUUGGACGGAGCAAGGAAAAUUAUGGAAAUUCCCUAUUGACAAUGAGCAAGGAAUGGAAGAAGAGCACAAUGUUCAUUUCUCAGAACAUGUCUUUAUGGAACGUCAUCUAAAAGGAUGGUGUCCUAAAUCAGGACCAAUUCGUCAUUUUAUGGAAUUAGUAUGCACUGGACUUUCAAAGAAUCCAUAUUUGACAGUUCAAGAGAAAAUUGGACAUAUUAUGUGGUAUAAAGAAUACUUUGAAUCUAAACAAGAUUUGUUGCAAGAAGUAGGAGCAAUUCAGCAGCCAUUCUCUGACAAAAUAAAAGAAAUUACAAAAUAAAAUAACGUAUAUGUUAGUAUAUUCUACAAUUUUAAUGUAUUUCUUAUUUCCAAAUUUCUCCUUUUACA